AUGGUGGUUAUGAUGGCUGUGUUAUUCUCGGUUUUUCUAGGGCUGUCAGGCAUGAAACACCAUGAGGAAUUGUCAUCAAGACACCGUGGCAUGUCUCCGUAUUAUCCAUGGAAAGCAUACCUUCCAAGUCUGCCCAAAUCCAUAAGCUCGGCGUUCAAGACACCCUCGAACUUGACGAUACAGAUUGAAAACGGCCAAAUCGACCAUGUACCGGCAAAACUCAAAAAGACGACGCCCAACUUCCACCUCAUCAUGCCGUUUGAGUAUGAGUCAAACAACUUUUGCAAAGCGACGCUGUCUGCCAUGUUACUCAACUAUCCUCCACCGACUGUGGUACAGUUGAAUUCCGGCCAUGCGACGAGUGAAAAGCGACAUGAGGUGAUUCUUAACGACACGCUACAUUACCUGAGCAAUACGAAGUUGGUCAAAGACAAGGAUCUGGUACUCAUUGUUGAUGCGCAACAGACGUGGUUCCAGCUUUCAAGCGAUGUGAUGAUUGAGCAGUACAAGCAGUUGCUUGAGGAUGUCAAUUUGCGGUUGUUGAAGAGAUAUGGAACUGACAAGAAUGGGUUUCAGAAGUUCAACCAGACGAUUGUAUUUGGAGCAGAGAAGAUGUGCGAGGGCGAUGACAAGGCGUGCAAAUACGUGCCAUUGUCACCAUCUCCCGAUAACUUGUACACUACCGAGACUGGCCGGCUGAUAUCAGAGACGCCCGCCAAGUUUAUUAACGCCAGGAUGGCCAUGGGUCCGGCGAGCGAUUUGAGAGCGUUGUACCAGGCUGCGCAGAAGAAGUUUCUGGAUCGCAAGAGUCAGUCGCCGACUGUCCAGUCCGUGUUCGCCACGCUAUUUGCAGAGCAACAGUUGAGUCGCGAUGCCGUUGAGGUAGAAACCAGAUCUCCUAGCGCAAAAUUCAAAAACUUCUUCGACGGCGGAUCCAGGAAGUCAGCAGCCAGACAUAGACUAAACCAAGCAAAACUCGAACUCGAACUCUCCAACUUCACCAGACAAGAAUUCUCCAUCGGCCUCGACUACACCCAUACCCUCUUCCAACCCCUCCUCUAUACCGCCCCAGACGAACUCAUCCCUAUCGUUCACAAUGACAACAACAACCUAACCGCCUAUACCCACUUCAACCGCGACCCAUCCUACCUCUCCCUGCCAGUCUCCCUCUAUCACACAACCACACCCUUCUCGCGCCCCGAUCCAGUAAAACCCAGUCUCUCCCCACACACCCACUCCACACACAUCAAAAACCUCGACUACGACCCAAACAUCGAUGCUUUACCUGACCGCAACGUCCCCUGGACCGACAUUCCCUUGAUCCAAAACACCUACACGGGCGCCAUCCCUGCCGCCCUCGCCGCACAGUUACCUCGCGAACCCAACCUCGCCACGUCGAAGAUAACCUGGGAUUCCCUUUGGUACGCAGAAUACAGACGCGCGUUACUCCGCGUGUACUUCCGUGCGCCGCAGUCCGCGGUGGGAUACCACGAGUCGGCUGUUGGCGGGGAUCGCAUGUGGGAUGCGCGCGGGGGCCGGGGCGGGGUGUGGACGGCAGUGGAGCAGAGUUGGUUGCCGUGGGGGGAGGCGGAUGGGGUGUGUGGCGCGGUAGAGGACAUGAAGGGUGUGUUUGGGGAUGGGAAGGGGGUGUGGUUGCAUGAGUGGGAGAGGGAUGGGGAGACAAGGAGGGUGGGGGUUAUGGCGAAGGUGAGGUUUGGGGGGGUUGGUGUAUAG